AUGAUAUGCAUUUAUUUGCAGUCAUCGCUUGAUGUUGAAGAUAGAACAUCCCUUGCUCGGAUGGCAGCACAUCAACCUAUGAAUAAUGAUGAUGAUUUAUCAGUAGAUACUGAUAACAGACAAGAACGUUUAAAUCGAAUGAAUUAUUUCGGUAGUACAUUACCAAAUUAUCGAAUGAAACGAACAGCAAGUUUACCUAAUACUACUGCAAAGCCAUUAUUGUCAACAAGUGGUAGUAAUGUCGUUGGAAAUGUAACACAACAUCAGAUAUCCGAUACUGGUAUAAAAAUGACUGAAAGUCAAAAUUCAACAGAUUUAUCCAUUUCAUCAUCAUCAUCUUCGAUGGGUAAGUUUAGUGAUUAA